CACCUGUACUAAUUACUCUCACCUCGUUCAUCUCAUUCUUCUUCUUCAAUUUUCCCUAUUUUCUCCAAUCAAAUUAUCUCCAAUUGCGAGAUGAAUUCAACGAAAGAUCUGCAGAAAAGUUACUUUGAUGUUCUCGGUUUAUGCUGUUCAUCUGAAGUGCCUCUAAUAGAAAAACUUCUUACGCCUCUUGAAGGUGUAUACCGUGUUUCUGUUGUCGUACCGACGAGAACAGUCAUCGUUGUCCACGAUGCCGACAUCAUUUCGCAGUUUCAGAUCGUUAAGGCGCUAAACCAAGCGCGAUUAGAAGCAAAUGUGAGGAUGAAAGGAGAUCAAAGCUACCGAAACAAGUGGCCAAGCCCUUUUGCAGUGGUGUGUGGUGUCUUACUUCUGCUAUCCUUUUUGAAAUAUAUAUAUUCACCAUUCAAAUGGUUAGCUCUUGGAGCUGUCGCUGUCGGGAUCGUACCAUUGAUUUUGAAAGCUAUCGCGUCACUACGCAACUUUAGAAUCGACAUCAACGUUCUCAUGCUCAUUGCAGUUGGAGGGUCCAUUUUCCUUAAGGAUUACUGGGAAGCCGGGACAAUAGUGUUUUUGUUGACUAUAUCCGAAUGGCUCGAGACAAGGGCUAGUCACAAGGCCACUGCUGUGAUGUCAUCAUUGAUGAGCAUAGCUCCUCAAAAGGCCAUAUUAGCCGACACCGGUGAAGAAGUCAACACCAACGACGUGAUGGUCAACACUAGACUUGCAGUUAAAGCCGGGGACAUGAUCCCCAUUGACGGAGUGGUUGUGGACGGGAGCUGUGAAGUUGAUGAGAAAGCGUUAACCGGUGAAUCGUUUCCUGUGUCGAAACAAGUAGAUUCCAUUGUUUGGGCAGGCACAGUUAAUCUAAAUGGUUAUAUUAGUGUUAAAACUACUGCUCUAGCUGAAGCUUGUGUGGUAGCAAAGAUGGCAAAGCUCGUCGAAGAAGCUCAAAAUAACAAAUCGAAAACCCAAAGAUACGUAGACAAAAUCGCCAACUAUUACACCCCAGCCGUGUGCGUAGUAGCCGCAUGCUUAGCUGGAAUACCAGCUGCCUUACGAGUUCACGAUGUUGAAAAAUGGUAUCACUUGGCAUUGGUGGUUUUGGUGAGCGCGUGUCCUUGUGCGCUUAUCUUGUCUACACCUGUUGCAGCAUUCUGUGCAUUGUCAAAAGCAGCUACAUCUGGACUUCUAGUUAAAGGGGCGGAAUACCUCGAGACACUUUCCACGGUUAAAUUUAUAUGUUUUGACAAAACGGGCACAAUCACGAAAGGAGAGUUCUCUGUCUCCAGCUUCAAUCCGCUCAUUGACAAUCAGAAAUUGCUAUACUGGGUUUCGAGCCUAGAGAGCAAGUCGAGUCAUCCAAUGGCUGCAGCCCUUGUAGACUAUGCGCGCGCUAACUCAGUCGAACCGCAACCGGACAAUGUGGAGGAAUUCAAAGAUUUUCCCGGUGAAGGAAUUUAUGGAAAAAUUGAUGGAAAGGAUGUUUAUAUUGGAAACCAAAAAAUUGCCAUUAGAGCAGGGUGUUCACAAGUUCCAAUGAAUUGGAGUGAAAAUACCGAAGGGAAAUCCACCGGUUACAUAUUUGUUGAGUCCACACCUGCUGGAACCUUUGGUCUCUCUGAUUCAUGUAGAAUUGGAGUAAAAGAAGCACUCGAAGAACUUAAAUCAAUGGGGAUCCGAACAGCCAUGCUUACGGGCGAUUGUCAAGCUGCAGCCGAUUAUGCACAAAAUCAGUUAGGAGGGGCAUUGGAGGUGGUUCAUGCAGGACUUCUACCACAAGACAAAGCCAAAAUCAUUAAACAAUUUCAAAAAGAAUCGAAAACCGCCAUGGUUGGUGACGGGCUGAACGACGCACCAGCUUUAGCCACAGCUGAUAUCGGGAUCUCAAUGGGCGUUUCAGGAUCAGCAUUAGCAAAUGAAACCGGACACGUAAUCCUAAUGUCAAACGAUAUCAGAAAAAUCCCAGUAGCCGUGAAACUUGCGAGAAAAACCCGCAGAAAAAUAUUCGAAAACAUAUUUAUCGCCGUCAUCACCAAGGCUGCUAUAAUUGCAUUGGCUAUCGCGGGCCACCCGCUCGUUUGGGCUGCAGUUCUCGCUGACGUCGGGACGUGUUUGCUAGUGAUUUUCAACAGCAUGCUUUUGUUACAAGGGAUAAACACGAGAAGUAUGAAAGCGCAUUCGGGUUCUUCGCAUAAUCACGUGCAAUGCGUGUCUUCGAGUACUAAGGUUCAAAAGCAUGGUGGUUGUUGUGGUCAUGAUCAUGAAGAUAAUGCACAAGAGCUGAAACAUUUGGUACGAGAAACCGAAGAAAACGACAGUUGUUGUGGUCAUGAUGAUCAUCAUCAUGUACCUGAACCGGAAGAUAACGACGAGUGUUGUGUCCAUGACGAUCAUGAUCAUGCUCAUGAUCAUCAUGCGCAUGACACCACUCACUGCACACAAGAAACAAAAGACGACUGUUGCGCUCAUGAUGUUAAUGAGUUAAAACACGCGGUACAACCCGAAAAAGGAAAAGAAAAAGAAAAACACGGGUGUUGCUCUCAUGACGACGACGACGAUGAAAUACGCGAGGUAAAGCAAAGCGCGCAUAUAGCAAAGCAGCAAGAAACCAAAUGCUGUAGUGCCAUUAAAGAUAUGGAGUCGCAGAGUUCUGGGAAUCCGGUUAACGAUUGCCAUUCAAUCGGGAACGCGAAGAAACACGAUAACCAUCACCAUCAUCAUCAUCACCACCACCAUCACCAUCAUCAUGAGCCUGUGAAGGAGUAUGUGACAGGGGAAGAUUUAGGGAAAGCGAUGGAAAAUUGUUGCAGGAGUCAUGGCUUGAAAAAGAGGCAUGUGAGUGGAUGUUGCAAGAGUUUUAUUAGUUACAAAUGUUGUGGGACUCAGUAUUUUGGAGGUGGGUUCAACAGGAAGGGAUAUUUAUCAGAGAUUGUGAUAGAGUAAAUCUGUAAAUCUCCAAAAUAUCUCAAGUGGGAUUAGAUAUAUGAUAAUAGAUAUACAUAACAUGUUAAUACAUGGGUGUAAUGGAACUAUUGUUGCCAGUUUGGGAGUUUUAUGGAUUAGAGGGACCUUGCUGCAAUUUAGCAUAAUAUCAAAGUGUUAAGUUGAAAUUUA